UCCUUUGGAGAAAAAAAGUGGUCAGCUAUUUUUUUAGCUGACAUCUUUGUGUUUUUAGCUAUUAGCCAUUACUGCUAACUAACUUUCCAGGUUACUUUUCGAUUAAAAGUCUGUGCACGAAUUGUCCGAAUUCCACGCUGUGAACCAGAGCAGUUACACAUCCUUUGUGAAGUUACAAUGGAAGAAGUACAACAGGGCAGCAAUGGCACUGAAUCACAGGCUGCAACCAUUCCCACUACCAUCACAACCUCUCAGUUCUCACAGAUAGCUCAGCAGAUGUCACUGGGUGGUUCAUCUGUAGCUGUUGUGCAGCUGCCUGGGGGGCAGUUUCAGGUUCAAGGAGUGAUCCAGUCUGCACAGCCAUCAGUUAUUCAGUCCCCUCAGGUGCAGACUGCACAGGUCCAGGAUACAGACAGUGAAGAUUCACAGGACUCAUCAGACAGUGGAGCGGCAACCCAAAAGACCAGAGAAAUACUGGCAAGACGGCCAUCAUACAGAAAAAUUUUGAAUGAUCUUUCAUCUGAAGAAGUGACACAUAUUGAAGGAAAGGAUAACAGCCCGGCAUCAACAGGAGUGACAGGUGUUACAGUACCAACCACUCAAAUCUAUCAAACCAGCAGCGGCCAGUACAUUACCAUAGCUGCUAAUGGCACAAUCCAGCUGGCAACUCCAGGGUCCGAAGGAAUUCAGGGACUACAAGCUGUCACCAUGGCCAACUCUGGUGGAGCCCAGCAAGGCCCCACCAUCCUUCAGUAUGCACAGACACCAGAUGGCCAGCAGAUACUGGUGCCUAGCAAUCAGGUUGUUGUACAAGGUGCAGGAGGGGAGGUGCAGACAUACCAGAUCCGAACAGCUCCCACAUCCACUUCCCUUCCUCAGACUGUAGUUAUGACCUCUCCUGUUGGGCUGUCCCAGACUAAGACUGAUGAUCCAACAAUGAAGAGAGAAAUCAGGCUUGCAAAAAACAGAGAGGCCGCUCGUGAAUGUCGACGGAAGAAAAAAGAAUAUGUUAAAUGUCUGGAAAAUCGUGUUGCAGUUCUUGAGAACCAAAACAAGACUCUGAUAGAAGAACUCAAAACGUUAAAGGAUCUUUACUGUGUUAAAACAGGAUAACCUGUUUGACUACCAAUCCAGGAUUGAGUGAAAGGGGCGCAGCUCAGCCUUUGGACAUGAUGGGGUUUUUGGGAACACUUCAUUUCAGGCUGAGUCUCCGGGUUUUGUUCUUUCUUUUUUUUUUUUACUCUGAUAUAAAGUGACUUAUGGCAGUGAGAUUUACUGGACAAAUAAACAAAUUGGCCAUUUUUCCAACUGCUGUGUUUUUUUAAAGAAAAAUUGCAAAUGCUAUAACAUUUAUAGUUGUGUACAUUUUUAAUACUGGGAGGUUUGAAAUUGUGAGCUUUAAAGUUGAGUCUCAGUUUCCAAAUGUAUCCUUUAUCUUCUUUCUUGUGUUUUUAAUAACGUUGUUGGAUAUAAUGGCAUCUGCAGAAUUCUGACUGUGUAAUUGUCAUGCAGACUUAAUUUCUGUUUAUGUGAACCAGCAAUUCCCCUCAUUUCCCUGUAAGGAGAUGUAACAAUUGUCAUUCCUUAUUUUUGUGCAAUGGAGUAUAAAGGGCAACAGAAAAGAUGACAUUAGGUGUGGAUGUUACUUGGUGGUUACUUAGACAAUCAGGGAAAAAAGCACAGUGUCCAGGUAAUAUUUAUUAUGUACAUCUUGGGAGGAGGGGGGAAAAAGAACAGUGUAUGAAAUGUUGCUGAACUGUGAGUAAAUAAAUAUAUUUUCGCUCUG